GCCGUUACGUACGCAACGUACCUUUAAGGGGGCGUGGCUUCCUGUUGCAUUUUAAUGCACCUUCAACACGGAAGACAAACAAGACGCUCCGAGAACAGAGGCAACAUUCUCAGGACAUUUUUCUGAGACUUAUUUAUCAUCUGAACACGCUAAUACACAAGCUAUGUGGCCAAAUCAAGGUCCUCCUGCCCCUCCAAUGGGUCAAGAAAAUCUUGCUUUCCCUCCUGGUUACAGUGCUCCACAUUUUACCACCCCUGGACCUGGAGCCUACCCUCAGGGUCCAUAUCCUGGGUAUUCUGGGGGCCAGUAUCCUGGAGGCCAGUAUCCUGGGGCCCAGUAUCCUGGAGCCCAGUAUCCUGCAGGCCAAUAUCCUGCAGUCCACUACCCAGCUCCCAUGAACCCAGCUAUGAUUCCCCAUGGGGCUCCAGGGGUGAUGCCUCAUGGAGCUCCUGGACCUCAUGCAUGUCCCAUGUAUCCUGUAGGAAAUCCAUUCCAUCACAGAGGUGUUCAUCCAGGUCCAUUCCUGCACUCACCAAAAGGUUUCUUUCAUGGCCACCACAAAGGUCAUCAUUAUCAUCAUCACAAUCAUGGGUUUAACCCUGUGGCUGGAUUAUUGGCUGGAGGGAUGGCAGCAGGGAUUGGAUUAUUAGAACAUAAAGCAAAUAAGAAGAUGAGGAAAAAGAUGAAAAAGGCUCACAAAUAUCGCAUGAAUGGUCACUACAAAUAUGGCAAGUCCUCCAGCAGCAGCAGUGACUCAGAUUAAGCAAGUAGGGGUGAGGGAUUUCAGAGACCCCCUUUCUCAGAUGGAGAGCUCCAGCUUUCAGUGAACGCUGCUUCCAAAAAUGCGACUCACUUAACUUAUUAAAUGCACAAGUACAAGAUGUCAUAAUGUCACUUCUGGGGAAUUUAUGACAUUAAAUUGUGUGCACCAGGUUAUUUCAGUUUUGCAUGGGGGGGGGGGGGGGGUAUAUGUUUUGCUGUUUGGAUCAAUUUACUGUUGCUGUUUGAUGUUAUUUGUUGUCACAACAGAGACAGAAAGUUGUCUUUUACUUAAAUUUGUAGAUUGAUACAUCAUAAUAGUUUUGGUCAUUUGUUUUGUUACAGUA